ACUGAGACAACAACGUCAAUUUCAGACUCUGUUUGGAGACAAUCAAAUUGCAUCAAAAUUUCUAACGUUUUUCAAUUCGCAUUCAAAUUCACUUCUUUCAAGCUAACGCAGGCCUAUUCCGAACAGUGAACUCUAUCAGUGUGUCUCUGUCCAAUGUUUACUAAAAUCUUACAGUAUGGAAGAGCAGCCACCACGACCGAUCAGCAUUGAGCGGGACAGCUCGGGCAUCAUUGGGAAUGGGUCGGAUGUUGCGUCGGGAUCGUCUGGCACGGCGGCAGCAAUGGCGGACGACAGGCCCGGCGUCUCGGGCGUGCAUCUGCUGUUGAUGUGCUUGGACACGGAGCGCCAUGUGACGUUCCAGGAGGGCGUCAUCGACAACGAGGGCAUGAAUCGGCGCAAAUCGAAAUGCUGCUGCAUCUACCGCAAGCCGCACGACUUUGGCGAAAGCUCCUCGUCCUCGGACGAUGAGUGCGAGCACUGCUGCGGCCAUCCCGAGGUGCGACUGCGCAAUCGCCUAAAGAAACAGCAAAAACUCUGCCAGUGCAGGUGCCAUCAUGUCGGCCAGCCGGCAGCCACCACUCAGGAGGAGCCCAUCAAGUCCACUGAGAUCGCCGGCGACUCGGGCAGUGUCAGGGCCAAGGCGGAGCAGCCAACGCAGCCCAAGGCGCUCAUUUUGGCCACCUCCAAGGUUAUCCAGCACUAGCACCGCCAGCCGCACCACCCACACCACUCACCGCGUAACUGCAGCCAGAAGCAACCACAACUGAUUAACUCACUCAAUCGAUGUCCAAUAUCAGGCAGCCAUUCGAACUCUAGCUGCCAGUAAAUUGUUUAGUGCCCGAUUAAUUGUACAGUUUGC